CUCCAACAGACUCUUAAAAAAUCACUCCCAAAAAUCCACUACAGUGAGCCUUCCUAAAAAGAUUCCUUCCCAAUAUCACUACACUCUCCAACAGACUCCCAAUAUCUAACUCUUUAUAUCUCAACGGCUAUAUUUUUAAACGGCUACAAUUCAAACCGCAAUAUUUUCAACAAAUAUUUUUAAACAUAUAAAUUAUGAACGGUUAUUUUUAAAUGGAAAUUUUUCGAACGAUUAUUCCCAACGGCUAUAUUUGGAACGGUCGUGUUCCAACGGCUAUGUUUCCAACCGUCAUAUAUCCAACGGCUAUAUUUCUCUGAGCCUAUAUAUGUACUCGCCCUGGUGUUUUUUCUAUUGCACACCACUGCCCCCUUCAGCCUCCCACAUCACAAUGAGUCAUCGUAGCCUUCUCAUGAAACAGGUCAUGGAUUCGUCGUCGUCCGACGACGAUGGAGAAUUCAUUGUUGCUGCAGCCAACCUAGCACGCAAGCAAUAUCAAGUUGUCAAUGCGCUACAGCCUGGUGGUUCGGUCCCUGGUCAUCAAAUCAUCAAUCGCGACAGACAAGAAGGGCAUUGGAGGCUAUUCCGAGACUAUUUCUCGGACGAUUCUACCUACGGUCCGACAUUCUUUAGGCGCAGGUUUAGAAUGAGGCGAUCUCUCUUUUUGCGUAUAAUGCAUACUGUAGAGCAUCAUGAUGACUAUUUUGUCCAAAGGAGAAAUGCAGCUGGACAACUUGGGUUAAGUGCUUUACAGAAGAUUACUGCAGCAUUCAUAAUGCUAUCUUAUGGAGUUCCGGCGGAUGCUAUUGAUGCCCAGGUUCGUAUUGCAGAAAGCACCAUUAUAGAGAGUCUGAGAAGGUUUGUCAAAGCUGUUAUUGAUGUAUUUGGGGAUGAGUAUUUGAGAGCACCAAAUGAGAAUGAUACUGCUAGACUACUUGCAAUAGGGGAGGAAAGAGGUUUUCCAGGUAUGCUGGGGUGCAUAGAUUGCAUGCAUUGGAAGUGGAAGAAUUGCCCCACGGCAUGGCAAGGUAUGUAUACCGGCCAUGUGCGUGAGCCCACAAUCAUUCUAGAAGCCGUUGCUUCACAAGAUCUAUGGAUUUGGCAUGCUUUUUUUGGUUUACCUGGAUCUCAUAAUGAUAUCAAUGUGCUUCAACGUUCCCCACUCUUUGCAAAAUUAGCAGAAGGGCAAGCUCCAAAGGUGAACUACACCAUUAAUGGUCACAAUUAUACAAUGGGAUAUUAUCUUGCUGACGGUAUCUAUCCUCCAUGGGCCACCUUUGUGAAGACCAUUCAGAAGCCACAAGGCAAUAAGAGAAAAUAUUUUGCCAAAGCACAAGAAGCAGUUAGGAAGGAUGUGGAAAGAGCUUUUGGAGUUCUGCAAUCUCGUUUCGCCAUUGUACGUGGUCCUGCUCGUUUUUGGGACCAGGAUAUACUUAGCCAAAUAAUGACUGCUUGUGUUAUCAUGCACAACAUGAUCAUUGAAGAUGAGCGAGGUGAAACGCAAGACUUACAAUUUGAUGGCUUAGGAGAAACUGUGACACCAUCCCAUAAGCGCACACCAGAACUACGUGAGUUCAUUCAAACUUAUCAUGACAUCACAGACAAGGAAACUCACUCUCAGCUUCAAGCAGAUCUAGUCGAGCACCUCUGGCAACGUCAUGGAGAUCAGUACUAA